AUGAUUGGGGGGAUUUUCCCAGUUUUCAAAGAGGAUUUAAGUGCAACUUGGACGUUUGAGAGUGAGCCGACUCGAGUGAAGUGCACAGGAUUUUACAUGAGAGCUUUUCGGUGGACCCAGGUGAUGAUUUUUGCAAUUGAGGAAAUCAACAAUAAUCCUGCUGUCCUGCCAAACAUAUCUAUUGGCUAUAAGAUCCUUAGCUCUUGCUCAUCUCCUACAAAUGCUGUACGUGCUGCACUAACACUGGCUAGUAGACCAGAGGAGAUAGAUUUGACUUCCUCUUGUCCUCCAGCUAUAUCUGCCCUGAUAGCAGAGUCAGGAUCAUCGCAGUCUAUAGCAGUGGCUGGAACCCUCGGACCAUUUCGAGUGCCAAUAGUAAGUUACUUCUCAACAUGUGCCUGCCUGAGUGACAGAGCCAAAUAUCCUUCAUUUUUUCGGACAAUCCCCAGCGACUACUUCCAGGCAAAAGCUUUGGCAGCACUUGUCAAGCGUUUUGGUUGGCAGUGGAUUGGGGCCAUACAGUCAGACAAUGAUUAUGGGCGAAAUGGGAUCCUGGCAUUUACUAAAGAGGUUAAAAAGCUGGGGGUUUGUGUCGCAUUUGUUGGGAAAAUUCUACGAACAUACUCUGAGGAAAAGAUUCUGGAUGUUGUGGAAAUGAUCAAGAAAUCAACUGUCAGAGUCAUCCUAGCUUUUGUUCCAGAGGGUGACUUUUAUCCUUUGAUGAAAGAGGUUGUGAAACAGAACAUUACAGGAAUUCAGUGGAUUGGCAGUGAGGCCUGGAUUACGGCUCCUCGACCUUCUACGCCUGAAAUGUACCAAACUUUUGGUGGAGCCCUAGGAUUUGUUGUACAGAAAAUGGCUAUUCCAAAUUUAAAACCAUUUCUUACAGGCAUCAGCCCUUAUACUGAUCCAAAUGCAGCCUUUGUGAGGGAUUUUUGGGAGUUCAUGGUCACUGGUCAACUACAAAGGGUGAAUUUCAGGGAUCAGUUUGGUCAUGAUGUGUUUUUUGAUGUCAAUGGUGACCCUCCUGCUUCUUAUGAUAUUAUUAACUGGCAGCUGAUAGAAGGGCAAGUUCCGACAUCGGUGUGCUCGAAUGUUUGUCCAGUAGGAACCAGAAAAGCUCAAAUAAAGGGAAAACCCACCUGCUGCUUUGACUGCAUCACAUGUGCUGAUGGAAGUAUAGCCAACUCAACAGCUGACUGUACACCCUGUCCACAGGAAUACUGGUCCAAUGAAAGUAAAGAUAAGUGCAUUCCUAAAACGAUUGAGUUCCUAACAUAUCACGAGCCGAUGGGAAUAGUUAUCACAAUUGUGUCCCUGCUAGGGGCCUCCCUGACUCUGGCCACAAUGAUGGUAUUUCUUCACUACAGAGAAACUCCUGUGAUCAAGGCCAGCAACUCUGAACUCAGCUGUUUCCUUUUGUUUUCACUUUUUCUGUGUUUUCUCUGUCCCCUCACUUUCCUCGGCAGACCUACAGUCUGGACAUGCAUGCUGCGCCACACAGCUUUUGGUGUGACAUUUGCGCUUUGCAUUUCCUGUGUUUUGGGAAAAACAAUUGUUGUUGUUACAGCUUUCAAAGCCACAAUUCCUGGCAACAAAGUUGCAGGAAAGUUUGGUCCCGCACAGCAAAGGAUCAUAGUUUGCUUCUGCACUUUGAUUCAGAUAGUUAUAUGUGUGUUGUGGCUCACCUUGAAACCUCCUUUCCCAGACAUGGUUUUCAAAUACAGCAAUAAGAAGAUCAUUUUAGAAUGUAACACAGGCUCUGAAGCUGCUUUCUAUGCAGUUCUGGGGUACAUAGGAAUCCUUGCAAUAAUAUGUUUGAUCUUGGCAUUUCUAGGAAGAAAAUUGCCUGAUAAUUUUAAUGAAGCCAAAUUUAUAACAUUCAGCAUGCUGAUAUUCUGCGCUGUCUGGAUUACUUUUAUCCCAGCAUAUGUCAGCUCCCCUGGAAAGUUCACUGUAGCUGUUGAAAUAUUUGCAAUUUUGUCAUCAGCGUUUGGUUUAUUACUCAGCAUUUUUGCACUUAAAUGUUUCAUAAUAUUGAUCAAGCCAGAGAAAAACACUAAGAAACAUGUCAUGGGAAAAACUGUGAACAAAAAAAUAUGA